UGAAGUAGUUGUCAAUUUGGUUCGUGAUGGAUAACUUUGAGUAAUAAAUAGCUCUUGGGAUAUAGUUGGUCAGUGAGAGGAAAUAUGAAGAAAGAAGUUCGCAAAGAGGAAGAGGAACAAGAUGCAACCAUGGAGUCUAUACCAAUCCUUACACCAUACAUCAUGAAAAUAUUUCAUCUUUCUCAUAGGAUUGUUUUGGCACCUUUAUCUAGGCUAAGAUCUUACAAUUUCACAGCACAACCGCAUGCUAUUUUGUAUUACAAACAAAGAACUACAAAAGGAGGUUUAUUGAUCAGCGAAUCAUCUGGGAUUUCAGAUACUGCUCAAGGACUUCCAAAUACUCCUGGGAUUUGGAAGAAGGAGCAUGUAGAAGCCUGGAAACCCAUUGUAGAUGCUGUUCAUGACAAUGGUGGAAUCUUCUUUUGUCAGCUUUGGCAUUCCGGCAGAGUUUCGAACACGAUUUAUCAGCCAAACGGCCGAUCUCCGAUCUCCAGCACAGACAAACCGAUUCUGAAUCAGUUAUUCAUCGGUGGUUCUGGAGGUGAAACUUCUCAAUAUUCACCACCACACAGAUUAACAAUCGAAGAAAUCUCAGAAGUCAUCAACGACUUCAAAAUCGCUGCAAGAAACGCAAUCGAAGCAGGUUUUGACGGCGUCGAGAUCCAUGGAGCCAACGGAUACCUAAUCGACCAGUUCCUGAAAGAUCAAGUAAACGAUCGUACCGAUCAAUACGGCGGGAAUCUCGAGAAUCGAUGCCGGUUUCCGCUUGAAGUCGUUGAAGCAAUCUCUAACGAGAUCGGACCUGAGAGAGUCGGAAUGAGGUUAUCUCCGUUUGCGAACUACAACGAUUCCGGGGACUCGGAUCCUCACUCGCUGGGCGUUUUCAUGGCUGAGUCACUGAGUAAACUCGGAAUCGCUUAUUGUCAUGUGAUCGAGCCACGAAUGGUGACUCAGUUUGAGAGGGUGGAGACUCGGGACAGUUUGGUGUCGAUGAGGAAGGCGUUUGAAGGGACGUUCAUUGUUGCAGGUGGGUAUCACGAUCGAGAUGAAGCAAAUCGUGUGGUUGAAAAUGGCGAUGCGGAUCUUGUAGCGUUUGGGCGUGCGUUUUUGGCUAAUCCUGAUUUACCUCGGAGGUUGAAGCUCAACGCGCCAUUAAACAAGUAUGAUAGAAGUACGUUUUAUACGGAUGAUCCUGUUGUUGGAUAUACAGAUUACCCGUUCCUUGAUGAUUAAGUUGUGAAUUACUAAAGUUGAAUCUUUAUCAUGUGAUUUCUAAUUUUCUAUAGUGGGAUGGAUACAAUUUUUAGCCGGUU